AUGCCAUUGAGGCAUGAACUGAACGAGCGUGCCAUUGGCGAGUGGCAGCUGCGGCUCAUGCCCACGAGCUCCUGGGCGGUUGAGGAUGCCACCGCCGCCGGGGAGUAUCAACGCCAGGAGGUGGACCCGCCGGAGAAGGCGCCAAAGGCGCCGACUGCGAGCUCGAGCCCGGCGAACCCCCCCGGGUCCGGACCGGAGAAAGCGGACUUCGCGGUAGCGGACAAGGUUCGCAACGGCUACCGCUCGGCCAAUACUGCCGCGGAGGUGACCGAGCGCCUGCCUUAG